GGCUUAUAAUGGCUUCAAGCCACUGUGAAAAUACUUAUUACAAAUAAACACAUUACGCAUUUAAAUUAUACUAUGUAAAAUAUUACGAUAUUGCGACCACAUUGCUUAAUUAGUGCUUUGUUAUUUUUUUAAGAGUAAGAUUUGUAUUUGACAUCAAUCGAGUUGUCAAUUGGCAAGAUGAAACGUGAAUUGAAAUUUUUAUUUGAUAAAACUUUUAAAAACAGCCUGCUUGAUGAACUUUUAUGGCGGUUAUUAACCUAUAUUUGCUCUGCUCCACGCCGUUCUUCCAACUAUGUAUAUUGUAUAUGUAAUAUCAGUGCGUUAAUAUUAACGGAGCUCCGCACAGAUCAUCUUCGCGCAGUUUCAAUAGAAACACUUGCCUAUUUAGAUGUCUCCGCAAAGCUAGCUCUGGUCCUGUGGAAACGCACCCUAAGGGGAAGGGAAGGAAAGAAGCAAGUGCAGAAGGAUUUCGCUUUGAAAUAUUGGGUCCAUCAAGUUUUGUAUAAAAUGUCCAUGGAGAUUAUCUAGUCCAAUGAACAAGAUAACGAACAAAAGUUCAUCGGUUGCUAAGUAACGAGAGUUGUUUUGUCAUUCAACAAAAACUCAAAAAAUGUUGAUGAUUUUUUUAUUGUGAAGCAAAGAUUUGAAUCGUUAUGAAGCACUUUAUUUAAAUACAUGACUUUGUUUAAUUGGUAUAUUGUUGUGAGGAAACGUGUGAACAGUGGAAAAAUAUACCUAUAAUAACUAGAUGGGCCCUAAAUUAUGGCGGACCCACAACAUUUAUCCUUAGAGGGAGAAGAGGCAGAAGAAGAAGUCGCCCCUGAACCGAUUCCAGAAGAAGCCGAAGAAGAGCAAGGUGAAGAAGAAUCUAUUCUCACGGAAUAUGAUUCCGAUGAUUUCGUAUCUGGAGCUGUUAACAGUUUGGAUUCUACAAUACCACUGGAUUUAUUUGAGUUUGAAUAUUCGUAUGGGUACAAUUGUCACAAGUAUUUCAACCUAUGCGCUUGCGACGAGUCGGUAGUAUGCUGGGCUGCUGGCAGUAUCAUAACUUUCAUGGAUGUCAACACUAAACAAAAUUGGUUCAGAAGAAGUACCACUGGCGGCUCCAUUGGACAUAUUACCUCUCAUAGGAAAGAUCCAAACUAUCGCAUAGCAAUUGCUGAAGGUAGAGAAGGCGAACGAGACCCUUUGAUUCUGCUCUAUACUUGGCCACAAAUGGAAAUUGAUGCUGUACUGCGGGAUGGCACAAGUAAUGCUUACUCCAUUCUUGAUUUCAGCCCCGACGGAGAGCUUCUCGCUUCUGUUGGCAAAGACCCUGAUUAUAAUCUCACCAUUUGGAACUGGAAACGGCAUAAAAUUUUACUGCGUACCAGUGCCUUCACAUUUGAUGUCAAUGCAGUUAUGUUCUCACCAUACUGUCCGGGCCAACUUACCACAGCAGGGGCAGCUCAUAUAAAGUUUUGGAAAAUGGCAGAAACGUUCACUGGUCUCAAAUUGAAAGGAGAACUCGGUAGAUUCGGCAAAACAGAAAUUUGCGAUGUCCUCGGAGUCUAUCCAAUGCCCGAUGAAAAGGUGCUGUCUGGAUGUGACUGGGGUAAUAUAUUAGUUUGGGAAGCAGGACUAGUAAAAUUAGAAGUAACUCAACGGGGAAGAAAAUCGUGCCAUAAAGCACCCAUUAUCCAGUUCAUGUUAAGUCCUGCUGGUGACGAAGUAACAACAAUAGCACGUGAUGGCUGCAUCCGAGCUUGGUAUUGGGAUACAGUUGAUCAAGCAGACCCUCCUGAAGAAGACCCAUACGUUGAACUCAAUCCUGUUGCUGAAACAUGUGUACCGGACUGUCAAAUUAUUUGUCUCAAACACCGAAAGGACGUGUUUUGGUAUGCUCAGGAUGGGAAUGGCGGUCUUUGGAACGUAGAACUCGACAUCGACAAAAUAGAAUGUGACCAUCGUAAGCUUUUCACGUGCCAUGCAGGUGGCGUCGUUGCUAUGGCUGCUCUGCGCAACCAUCCUAUUUUAGUAACAGCUGGUGAAGACGGAGCUUUACUGGCUUACAACACUGAAAGUCACGUAUUGUUAUCUCGACAUCAAUUUCCAACAAAAAUUACAUGUCUUUUAUACCCUCCCGUUGAUGUAGAUGAAACCAGUCGCAUUUUACUGGUGGGUUUCAAGGAUGGCAUUAUGCGAACGCUUCUUCUCCACCCAGAACGUUUACAAACGCAAUCUCAAAUGAUCGACGUGCGUAUACACUCUGCUCUCACUAUACAUAGUGAAGAUUCUGACAACGCCGACGUCGUUGACUUAAUAUCGUUGUUGAAACCACACUCAAAGGCUUUGGUUCAAAUUACCAUUAACGAACAGCGCACUCUUCUUGUAACUUGUGGUCAGGACAGCACACUAUUCAUGUAUCGUCUAGAAAAAGGAACGCCAUUUGUGCUACACCGUCUAGGAUUCAUCGAAACUCCGAACAACAUCGUUUUUAUGACAUGGAAACCAAAAGAGGAACGCGUGCUCUUACUUUGUGGACAAGUUGGCCUUCUGAUGGAAACUGUAUUACCAGAUGUUCCAUUCCGUAAAUACACUGAAAUAACAACGUUCAAACUUGAUUUUGUAUCUUAUAAAGAAACUCUAGUCAAGAAAAACUUUAUGCGUCAUCGUCCUUUUCCAACUGAAGAGGAUCUAGCUAGUAUUGACGAAGAAGCCCUAAAAGCAAAGGAGGAAGCAGAAAAGGAAAAAAAAGAUGACGAGGAAGAAGAAGACUGGCUUGGAGAAAUUCAACUAAUGGAGAGCGAAAGUAUGCUUGGAACAACAUUAACUUGGGCUCACUACUGCGAAGAAGGUAUUUGGGUAGUACAAAAAGGAACCGGUGCUCUAUUACUGGUUAAGCCUGGAGAAAACAAGAUCCUCAAAUACGGUCCUAUACCCGGGGCAUGGUGCGAUGAUUUGACUGCUUUGAAGUUCAUAUGUGAUAAUCGCUACCUUAUAAUAGCGACAAACACGGGCUACAUACGUGUAGUCCGGAUGCCGUCUGAGCAGGAAGAUAAUCCGGAGUAUCAUUACACGACUUGGUUAAUGGCGCAGCAGAAAUUACUGAAGAAGUUGCAAGGACGACGUUUAGCGAAGGAGGAGCCUCAACCAACACCUCGCAUAGAUUUCCAAGACAAUUAUUAUUUGCCAAUGCACGACCGGUACACAGGGAUUGUAACCUGCUUGGAAUUCAGCUCUAACGGAAAGUACUUCUACACUUGUGGUGCUGAUGGAAACAUUUUCUCUUACGCUAUCAACUUCGAAGAACCUCUAUUGAUUUCGCCAUCUCUCCCACCGGUCACUGCAUUACCCAAAGUGGAAAAAGUUAAGGAAGUUAGUACUCUGGACGAGGAGUUGAUGUCACACGAACAGCUAAAACAAAAAGAGGAGUACGAUAAGAUGAUGGCUAUAGCCAACGCCCAUAAGAAGCGUGUGCGCGAUCAACUAGCAGAACUUACCACUGAAUAUAACAAGCUUAUCAAAGCGAACCGCAAUCUGCCAGUAUCCCAACAAAUCAAUGUGACUUUAGAUCAUAGACCACUCGCAGUUCAAGAAGCUGAAUUGGACGAAGCCAAAGCUUUAACAAAAAGGAAAUUAGCGCACCAACUAGAAGCAUCGGAUUUAGCUUUUCACAAAAUGUACUCCAGAAACAUUAUUCAAUUGGACGUCUUUCCAUUCACUUUAAAAGCCAUCAGAGAUCCGGAGGUAAUGAUAAGGCCUCUGCGCCAGAAGAACCUCUCCAAAGACUUCUUUGAUCAACUCGAAGAAGUCCAUGAGAAAAUGGCAGAAGCAGCCCUACGAGGAAGACGAGCGGAAUCCACAACCCGUCGGACAGCAUUGCGCAAAACGUCAUUCGGUCCACCGCGUGUAGCUUCUUUCCUGCUGGGUCUUCCCCCUAAUCCACCACACCCCCUAAAGAAAGCAUUAAGGAACUACCACCAACGUCUUAACAGACACCAUCAACAAUUCAUCGAGUGGCAAGAGCAUCUGUCCUUGAAACCUGAUCCCAACGCAAUGCCUCCCGGUGCAGUUGAAGCCCUGAAGGAAGCGGAAGCAACGAUUGGCAACCGGCUUCUGAAAACACAGCCUGAUUAUGUAGCACCUCCAGGCCAUAACACGCAAUUGCGUGUCUGUCUUGCUAGAAAAGAGAUUUAUGAUAAUAAAAGAUUAUUCAACGUGAAAGUGCUUGAGCUUCGUGAUCAUAAAGUACGUUUGGUAGACCAAAUGAAAAAAAUUGGCGAACGAUUGAAUGAGAUUCGCUGCGAAAUACCGCCAAAAAUGGCUAAGACACCACCGGCGAUACCACAUAUCGAUGACGAUCUGGAGUUCCCAGAAAGGAAUCUGGAAGUUAAACCGGAAAAAGUACAAUUGCCACUAAGAGGACCAACGUCAAAAAGGUUAUCAGCAGCAGAUCCUAGGAAAGCCCCACUUUACCCUCAGCCCAGAAUAAGACAACCCAAAGUACCAAGAUUUGUUCCUCUAGCCGAAUCGCGACCACUUGCCGCUACCUGGGAAAUUUUGAAACAUAGACAAGACCAGGAAUCGACACCCAUGGAGAUAGAAAUAAGAGAAAGACGUAUUGAAAGACAUUUGUAUGAGCAGAACAUAUUAAUUGGUGAUGCUGAAAUAGCUGUUCAAAAAUUCGAUUCACGUUUAAAACAAUUGCAACGAGAACGCAUACGCGUACAAGAAAAGAAUUUAUUAUUAGAACUUCAUCUCUACCAAUUGCAUAGAGAAAUGAACGUCUUGAAUCGAUUUGAAGCUCAUGAAGAUAGACUGGCUGAACGAGUAUAUGCAAAACUAAUGCAAGUGCGUAGCGUUCAAGAACAAAUCACUGAUUGUGAACACCGCAUCGAGGAGCACCGUGGUGAAAAGGAUACCCUUGAUCUCUCCUGCCAAGAGCUACAGCGCCAAUUUAAAAAACUUGUACAAGACAAUAAGUUUGCUGAUUUCCUGCGUCGCAUAUUCAAAAAGAAAUACCGCCCACCACGAGAACACCACGAUGAUGAAUCUUCGGAAGAAGAAUCGUCAUCUUCAUCCAGCGAAGAAGAGGAAGAAGGAAGCAUUGACAGUCGGGACAUUGGACCCAUUCGGCUGGACCCAAAUGUUUGUCCGGAAACCUGUGACCCAGAAAUUUAUAAUAAAACUUACGAACUGAGAAAUACAAGACACCAUCAUGAACAGCAAAUGCUUGAACAAGAUCGUCUGGUGGAACUAUUAAAGAAAGACAUCGACGCCCAUAAUAAGGUUAAGCGCAAACUUUCUGUACAAUUAGAGCAGAGGAAGAACGAACUGAGAGAAUUUAUGAUGGAAAAACAAAGCUGUAUGAAUGGCGUGACACAAGUGGUAGUUCUGCGCUAUGAUCAAAUUCGAGCAUCCGCCAUACGUGGAUGCACUGGCCCUGACGGGCUGUCUAAAACUGUUGUGUUUCCCGAGCAAAUGCUUGCUCGAUUGCGUCGACGUGUGCUUGAGUUGCAAGAUGAAAUCAAACAGCAAAAGCAGAGGCAAAAAGUCAAUCGAACACACUUGUUUCGCAUGAACGUCGACCUGCGCGCUAUGGAAGCUGAAGUGCAAAAGUUACGCGCAAAGAUGCGCGAUGUGCUGACUCGCAAGCUGGGCCGUCCGCGCCGCGUGGAUCGCACGCUCGACGACUUGCUGAGGCAAAUGGCUCGCCGACACAAGUUCUCCACAACAUUGGGCACGCUACCGCAAAUAAUGAUACAACUACGCGAGUGGAGGGAACGUCACAGUGAAUUGGAGAAGAAAUAUUUAAAAUCACUUUCACAUUACUCCGAGAGACUCCGUCUUGCUUCUGCUUUACAGAGCGAUGUAUUACCACUAAAGCGGCAAAAAGAUGUUAUAUUUAACGUAGGCGGGUACGAACCAGAGCAGUAUCAACGAGACGUGGUUCGCUUGAGAAUCGUACGAGCCCAACAAUUACAACAAAUAAAGCAACUUCGUGAGGAAAUCCAAGCACUCCGAUUGAAACCACUAUCACACAAGGUCCAACCAGUAGCAGUCACGCCACCAGAAUCCGUUCGCUCAGACAUCUAUUUGUUCAUGGUCCCACGUUCCAUGCCUAUCAAGAAGAAAUAUUUUCCAAUAACUCCACUUGGUUCGCACGUAAAUCUGAUCUACGAUGUGAACAUACAGAAGCUGCUGUUUGACUGCCUCGACUCGAUGCAUGUGUCAAGAGACGAGGCUGAUGAGCUGCUACAAGAGCUCACUUUACAGCUUCCAGACGUCAUCUCAGGGUCUAAGUCCCGCUUUGAAGUAGUGGACGCUUUGGUACGCAAGUGGCUGUUGAGGUACGGUGGUGACCCCAGCAAGUACAAGAAGCAGACGCGUGCCUUCGAUGCCUUGGCCGCACUCGCCGAUCGCAUCAUCCGGCAACAUGUAGAAACAAUGGAAGGUCCGAUAGACGAAGCUAAACACGUAAUGGAAUCUUUGGAAACAGCACUAAAGGAUGUAGCCGAUACAAAACAACCACUACACGAUCGACUGGGGCCUGCCUUGGCUGCCCUCUUUCAUUCGGCAAAUAUGGUGGAUCUAGAAACCAAGGAGACAAUGACUUCUCUCGUCAAUUCUUUAGUUGAUGAUGAACAUCCAGUAACCAUUGAAUCUAUCGACCGCAUUCAAGUAAACGAUAUAAUAAAUGACAUCAAAGAUUGCGGUGUCGAUGCACCCGAUGAAGAAUUGAACCACAUGGUCCGAUUAACUAUAGACUGUCUGCGUGCACAACUUGUAGCUCCAGAGGAAGCGAGACAAAUAGAAGAUGAGGUUCUACGGGCUAUGUCUAUCGAUAUGACGCCUGUUACUGCAAGCCGUACAUCACGUUGUAUUCACGGUGAUGACCAUGCUACGGACAUUCACGAUAAAGAGGAUCAUGAUGGUGAACAUGACCUGAUUUACCAUGAUGUAGAUGUCGCUAAUGAGGAUAUUGACAAUGAGCGCGACAUAAGUGACGAUGACUAUGAUGAACACGGGCAAGAUGAACGAAUUCAGUAGUAAUAACCGUGGAGCCAAAUAGAUCAGGUUUUAAAAAUACAUUUAUUAUCUUAAGUAGAUUAUAAACUAUGGUAUAUAAAAGUAUACCCUAUUAUAUUCACGUGUUUCAUUUUAGAUCAAACUUCAAAUUGUGAAAAUACUGAUUGAUGCUCAUUUUUUUAUCAUAUAGUUCUAAAUUUCUUUCCUCGGUUGCUUAAAAAAUUCAAAAGAUUUUCAAAGUAAAAUUAGGGCGAUUCCAUUGUCACGGGUGCAACAUUUAGACGCAUAAAAAGCUUUUUUCUUACUUGCUUUUCAACACAUUUGCUGAAAAGGAACCAAGGAAAAUCGAAAAAUACCUUUUGAUUUAAUCAACACUGAACUGUAAGAUGCGACGAGGCACGGCAACAGAAAAUGUAGGUAGAUGAAAGUGAGUUUAAAGUAAUCUAAUAAUUCUUCAUCAUUAUCGGCUUAUUAAUGCCCUCACUGCAGGAGCACUAAUGUGAAGUAUCACCACUUGGGCCCUGGAAGUACAGUUUAGCUAGAGGAUUCAAUCCCGGUCAUAUUUUAGUCCCGUAAUUUUCGGGAUUGAAUAUAAUGAGUCACGGGAUUUUCGGGAUUGAUAUAUUUUUAUAUAAGUCAAUAAAAAUGUGCGUGAAACGAAACGUGCUUACUUUCAUUUGACGUUUUGACGGCCAUCACGUUUACACAGCUGACUUCAUUUAUUUUUGUCAACGACUGGUACCGGAUUAUGUGUGAAAGAGUGUAAAAAUUCCGCUUCACGUCGUAGAAGUAAACAAAGCCAUUAUCCAAAGAAAGUUUUGAUGUCAAGCAUAAAAAAGAUCAAGAUGUUUCGUCAGUGUGGAGUCAUUUUUUAGGCGAUAAAGCGGGUAGCUCAGCACAAUGCAAACGUUGCUUAGCUAUUUAACAUUCCGUGAAAGUAGAUUCUGCUAAGGCAUCUUCCUCAACGGGUCAAAAUAAUGAAGUGUUUAUACCACCUAUAGUAUUUUUUACAGUAUAUCUAAACAAGUCUUAAAAAGUCGAUUUUUUUAAGUUUGUUGUAAAAUAAAAAAAAUUGUGUGUGUCAGCUCCGACGCACGACUGGAGUUUACUCCUUAAGUUCGAUAGUCUAACCAGACGCAAAAAGAGUUUAUUUAACUUAAAAAAGAUUGAUACUGUAUGAAAGGGUAAAUUAACAAAUUAAUGAAAAUAAUAUACAUAUAUAAAUAUAUAUUUAUUCAUUUCAUAUACAUUGAUUAUAACUAAUCGACGAAAUAUUUUACAUUAAACUUUUUACAAUAGUCAAUUUCAGAUGUGCAUAAAUAUAUCAGUAGGAAUGUUGAUAAAUUAUGUAAUUAUUAUUAUCAGACUAUUAUCAUUUUUUUAAAUCUUAAUUAAAUCAACAUUGUCUGCAUUAUUAAUUACAGUGACAAGUGGUUUAUGGUAACUAAAAUAAGACACAUGGACGUUCGUAGAUACGUGGUUCAGGAAUCUUGAAAAUACCGCAUCAAUGGUUGUACCAUACCUCGUUGUCCCCAUUGCUCUAUCAGAAACAAUAUCUCUAUUCAGUUCAGAUUUUAAAAAAAUUAUUAAUGUCAAUCCGUCAUCUUUGUUUGUCAAAGUUGCGCGACAUAGGAUGCGCACCAAAAACGUAACGAGGUCAUUCAUCGAUAGAUUUUACUCCUCAAAUUUUUCUCAUACCGGGCCCCUUAUAUAGGGUGAAAUUGAAUGUUUCUAUGAAACUUCGUGAGAUUGUUGGGUUAUGUGUAUAGAGUAUGCCUGUUUUUUUUCGGAUUUUUUUGAAGUAUAUUUUUUUCAUGUAUUUAUUUAUAAUUUGUGUAUUUUUAUGUCCUUUCCUCCUUUUGAGUAGUUAUUCAUUUUAAACAAACAAACUUACAUAUCCAGUGAAAAACAACUAAUAAAUAAGCACUUCUAAAAAACCGAAAAACAUUAAAAUUCCACCGCGGGUCAACGACCGACCGCGCCCGCCAGCCGUUGAGUGAAUAGGUACCUAGCUCUACACAGAGCUCAGCUGACUCGUUUGAUUCCACACAAUACAAUAAAAUCGGCUUAGAUGCCUUUAUUGAAAUUGAAAUAAUAAGCACAAAUGUCAUCUUCUCUUAAGCAGAGAAAAACUUUAAAAGUUAAUAAUAAUUUUGUCACGAUUGGAAAUAGGCAAAUGUUAAACAAAAAGAAAUACUUAUUGCAGUUCAAUACUUGGGUCAGAAUGAAAUUUAUAACCAGGUAUUCAAAAGUACUUACGAGACCGGCGAUGUAGGUAGGUACAACGAGGAACGAGGAACAUAUUCAUUUUUUUCACUAGACCUUUUUAUCAAAUCAAUCACACUGGUAGUACACAAUUAGUUGUUUCUAAUCAAAAAGUAUUUACACUAGCAAUAAAAAGAGACUUAAAUUAUUAUCUGCAAAAUUGUUGCUCUAAACCACAAUUUUGCUGCAAACAAAGGUAGGCAUGUUUGCGGACGUGUCUUUUCACCUUUUUUAAAGUGUCCCUAUCACUACUGACUGCACAAAAUGCAACUUCUAUGGUUUGGGGACUCAUUCGUAAACCAAACCUACUUCGUCACACUCGCGAUAGCAGUACACCAUCUCUAAAUAUUCUUGGUUCGUAUACCGAGGCAUAAUGAAAUUAUCACAGUGUAUGUCACUAAGUCAAAAGAUGCGCACGCUCACGCACGAUUGAUAUACUUGCGACUGCGUUUUGCAUGCAAUCAAAGCAAACCACCGCGUGCGAGGAAGAGGGGAGGUGGGCGGAAUUCACAUCAUCAAAGACGCCGCAACCGGCGCUAGUUGCCAGCGUGCGGCGCGCCGCUCGCCCGUGCUUGCCGAAAAACAACAUAUUAUUAUGUGUGUGUGUGUGACUGUGGCUAUGAUUAAACGUUUUGGGAAUUUCAAAAUCAGACACGAAGAGUUCCUUCCUUCACUAAGCUCGUAAGUUAUACCGAUUUGCUCUGUAUGAUUUUUCACAAUUUUAAAUAAGCCGUUUGUGCUUAAGUUUAAUUAAACGAGGCAACUAACAUUAACAAUAAAAAAGAAGUUCUUACACUAACUAACAGACAGGCUUUACCGAUUUAAAACCGUGACAGUCAUAUUAACUUUAUAGGAUUUUUAAUUGCUCUAACAGAAGAUUUAUUUUAUUGAUUAAUUACCUGUGCUUUAUGAAAUAAUAUUCAAAGGUAUUGUGUAUCAGUGAAUAAAUAAUUAUAAUAAAGCAUCUAAGACUAUUUUAUUGUAAUGUUUUUAAAUAGUGUGGAUCAAAGCGGAGAGUAGGUAAGCGCCGAGUCAUCUGUGCGUGUAAUAGGUACCUACACAGGCGGCCGCCGCGCCGGUCGUCGCCCCGACCGGCGCUGAUCUCGACUGGAGGCAUAAUGAAGGCAUUCAUUAAGUUUCCGUUUUUUUAGUAGUGCUUAUUUUAAGUUGCUUUAUAACUUCUAUGUAGACAUGUUUAAAAUGAAUAAUUACUCAUAAGGAAGAAAUGACAAAAAAAUAACCAAAUAUAAAAUUAAAAAUCGAAAAAUUUUAUUUUA